CUUUAACUGCAUGUCAGAAAUGUCAUCAAAUUUGUCUUUUUUCCCCUGAUCAGGUUCCAUCUAAAUGGACGUUACCAUGACUAUCACUGCACGGCCAUUGGAUAUGAUCAGAAGUUGAUGUGGGACCAGAAGAGUCAAGAACUUCCUCCUGAAGGUCAGAAAGGGGAGGGAGCUCUGAGGUGUGCCCAGCCCAGAGUGCCACUGUCAGAACAGCCGAGGGAGGAAAGAAGAGAGUGGAACAAAAAUGGCAGAAAAUGUCAUUAACUCUGACCUGAACUUGCCUGAACCAACCAGAUCCAGAGUCCUGACGGUCCCUGAUGUCCAAGGUAAAAGCCAUGGUUUCAGAACCCGAGUUGCUGCACUGGUUGCUGUCCUGGUUGUGCUCCUCCUCCUCGUGGUCAUGGCCCUGUAUCUGACAGUCACCGUGGCAGGCAGCCAACAGGACUCUACAGCACUGACCUCCACCAGCCAAAAGGUCUCAAGCCCAUUGUCGCCCACCAACCAAGAGAACUCAACAAAGGUACCCCCCAGCCAUGAAGAGGCACCAGGAAGAAGUUGCUGUUCCACAACACGAGUUGCUGUCCUGGUUACUGAGAUAAUCCUGCUCCUGCUCAUUGUUGUGUGUCAGAUACUCCCAUGUAAAAGCCGUUGUUCCAGAACACAAGCUGCUGUCCUGGUUGCUGUCCUGGUUCCGAUUGUGGUGGCCCUCGCGCUGUCUUGGGCACUCCCACAUGCUCCAACUGCAGGCAGCCAAGAGGACUCAACAAGAACCAUCCCUGCAGUGGCACUAGAUGGUCCAACUGCAGGCAGCCAAGAGGACUCAACAAGAACCAUCCCUGCAGAGGCACUAGGCUGCCCCACAGCAUGGAAGAAACAUGGGAGAAGUUGCUACUUCUUUUCUCCAGAGACAAAACCAAAGAGCUGGGAAGCCUCUCGUGCAGAAUGCACUGCCAUGGGCUCAGACCUGGUGGUCAUUGAGAGCAGGGAAGAGCUGAGAUACCUCCUCUUACAAUCAAGACAUAAUUACUACUUACUUGGUCUCAGACGCUCUGAAGAGGGGCAGAAGUGGAAGUGGAUCAACAAUGUGGAACUCGACCCAAACAUGUUCCGUCUACAUGGACGUUACCGUGACUAUCUCUGCACGGCCAUUGGAUAUGAUCAAGUACAUACUGCACCUUGUGAUGGAUCCCAAACAAUACAAAAUAUGUGUGAAAAAGCUGCAACAAUCCCAUAAAGGCAUCAGAAGGAGAGCUAAAAACAAGAGGUGCAGGCUGAUCUGUUAUGCCCAGCUUCGUGUAGGACCCGUGGGUGGGAUGUGUCUCAUUUCUCUUUAGCUGCCCAAUCUCUGCUCCCGGGCUCUCCUGCAGCCUCUCUCCAGACUGGUGGCCCAGCUCAGCCCAGCCUUUCCCUGAUGGUGUCUGAGGCUGGAGGGAUGCCCUCUGCAAGAGCUGGCACUGGCACACAGGAGGAGUCUGGCACUGUCUCAUGCCAGAGGUGGCACUUCCAGGCAGGCACUGCCAGGGGAGAGGAGUCCAGCCUGGGGACAGGGGUGAUCCCAGCCUGAUCCUGACUCUGCAAGUCACAUCCAUCCACAGCCCUGUGUUCCCAGCCCUGCCUGGGCCCAAGGAGACCCUUCCCCACCUGGCCACAGCCUGGCCUUGCCUGCAGCCACAAGGGAAGGGCAGCACAGAUUUCUGGUUGGGAUCCUGUAGGGAAGGGCAACCCCACUCCUUGCUGGGAUGGACAGGAUAAAGUCAGGUGGGGUUGUGGAUAAAUCUUCCCCUGUCCCAGACUGUUUCAAGGGCACCCGGGAUCCCAGAGCUUGUGGGGGAAUGGGAAUCAGCCCAAUCCUGUGUGGGGAAGGGAAGGAAUGUCAGAUUUAUGAUCUGCUGGGGAGGGGCACUGAAUAGAGACCAGCAAGGCCUGGAGAACAGAGUCCCAAGAGAAGCUGAUCUGGACAGAAAACAGAACAAUGAAACCCACGGUGACCUGUGAAGGAGCUGGUGAGAAGUAUGAGAGUGACCCACAUGGAAUGGCAACAGGGUGCUCUGCCCUCUUUUCCUUGGAGAUUGAUCACAUGAGGAAAUGAUGCCUGAGGGCUUUUCCUGUUCAGAAAAUUCAAUCCAACAGCAGAAACAGGUGACACCAGGAAAACAGAGCUGUUAUCAGUAAACAUGGAAUGUUACCAAAGCUCUGCCUGUCUUCUUCACUGGCUCUUGGGACCUUGGGCCUUGUGUGACUCUAAGAAUUAUCCUUCUUGUUGCGUUCUUUCAGGCAGAAUCAUUCCUCCUUUAUUUGUGCCUUUCAUGGCUCUCUCCUUCAUCUGCAGGAUGGAGAAAGCUCUGUGAAGCCCUUGAGGAAUCCAAGGCCUGGUUUUACCUCUUGGAAAAAAAAUUGCUCAGUCAAAAAAUCUGUACACAGCAUGUUGUGGCCAUCGGAAGAGAAAACAGAAUCCUACAAGAAAAAAUUAUCUUUUUAAAUUGAAAGCACAUUUUGAUGUCCCUCACACUCACCAUCCUCCUCACUAACUGCUCACAUCAAGAUUCUUUGGAAACGUGUUUGCAGUUCUUUCCCUGACUUUCAAUCCCCAAAGAACAGUGUAAGAACAUGGAGCUGUAGAACAAUCCCGGUGUCAGAACCCAGGAUCUUAUUUCAGAAGGAAGCUGAGUUGGAGGGGCUCUUUGCUUGCACUCACUUUAAUGGAGAGGGUGGGAGAGCAUUCUGUGUUGUGUUAUAGAUUUCUGCCCUUCUAUUUUCAUAUUCCAGCUGCUGUGAUCCCUUGGAUCAAGUGGGCUCUCCUGAAGGCAGUACCAGUGUCCUAGAUUGCAAGGCAAUGUGUGUAUUCUCUUUGCCAUCUGAUAGAGGUGGGAAAGUUAUCUUCUGUUGGCAGUUUUUUUUAUCCUUUCCACAAACCCGUCUUCCCUCUGGGAAAUAUCUUCUGUUAAUGAGCUAUUGAAUGUCACUGCAUGACUGAUAAAAGUUACAGCAUCCCAUUGUGAGAUGCUCUGCCAGAAUCACACCUGACACUCCAGGAGGACUGCAGCCACCAUUCCAAUUGGACUGCUGCCAACACCCUGAUCAACAGGGUAUCAGGUCGUAUUCUGAGUCUGUCAGUGUUGUUUUGUAUUACUGCAUUGUUUAUUUUAUUUUUUUAUUUUCUUCACAAAUAAAGAACUGUUAUUCCUGCUCCUA